AUGUGCCAUCAAGUCACCUUCCGCCUCGCCUGCGAGCACGUCUCUACGUACAUCACCUACUGCCCCUCAGGUCUCGCGCGAGGCCGCAGAGCCUGCCCGAGCACCACCAAGCAGUCCAUCCCGUACCCUCCCCCCUCGGGCUACACGCUCCCCAAGUGCCCGCUCCCGGACUGUCCCUUUGAGGCCAAGAACCAGGCCUGGGACUGCUGCUGGUGCGGCAAGACGUGGAAUGUCGGCGGGAGGUGCAGCUGCGUCAUGAUUGGCGAGGGGGGCACGUACCGCUGCGAGCACAUCUGCUGCAAGUCGUGUAUGCCCUCCAGGGAGUAUUCCUCCUGA